ACGGGGCCCCCUACUGACCCCGGGCCCUCGGGCAGUGCCUGAGUGCUCGAAUGGUCAGUCCGCCCCUCGUGCCUUGUGUCAGUGCUCAUCAGUGCGUCGUGCCAGUGCCCAUCAGUGCCACGUCAAUGCCACAUAUCAGUGCUUACCAGUGCACAUCAAUGCCACAUAUCAGUGCCCAUCUGAGCUGCCUUUCAGUGUCACCCAUCAGUGCCAGUCAGUGCCACCUAUCAAUUCCAAUCAGUACCACCUAUCAGUGCUGUCAAUCAGUGCCGCCUAUCAGUGCCAGUCAGUGCCGCCUAUCAGUGCCAGUCAGUGCCACCUAUCAGUGCCGUGUCAGUGCUGCCUAUCAGUGCCAGUCAGUGCCGCCUAACAGUGCCAGUCAGUGCUGUCUAUCAGUGCCAGUCAGUUCCGCCUAUCAGUGCCAGUCAGUGCCACCUACCAGUGCUGCCUAUUAGUGCCAUAUAUCAGUGCCAUGUAUCAGUGCUGCCUUUCAGUGCCCAUCAGUGAUGCCUGUCAAUGCCCAUCAGUGCCACCUACCAAUGCCUCCUCAUCAGUGCCCAUCAGUGCCACCUAUCAGUGUCCACCAGUGCAGCCUAUCAGUGCCCACCACUGCAGCCUCAUUAGCGUAUAUCAGUGAAGGAGAAAAAUCACUUAUUUACAAAAUUUUAUAACAAAAACUAAGAAAAAACUUUUUCCAAAAUUUUCAGUUGUUUUUGGUUUGUUUAAGAAAAAAUAA